AUGGCAGACGACGUGUCAACAGCAACAGCCGUGGCUGUUGCGAGUUGCAGAUCGAAGACUGGAGGAUAUGUCGAGGCUUGCCACACGGAGACGAAGGCGUUUAGCAAUCGCGAAGCCAGGAACUUCGCCAGGAAGACCACAGCCAACUACCUGCUUAGCAUCAGCGAGGAUGCUUGCUUUGUUUCACAUGCGCGAGAAAGUCUAAACGUUCGGGACUGGCCACUACUGACAAACUUGCGCGCCGGUGCGUGGUAUGCACCCACAGGGUCCGUGGACGCCACCUGCUACUUCAAGUCAAUGGAUGGUCACAGGAAUCAAUGGGACUUCAGCAUCGGCCGCUUGAACCUUCACGUUGCGCACAUGGCAGCAGACUCUGGCGGAGUGGUCCUGGUCGACUGCACCGGAAACCGAAGGAAGACUUUCCCGGACUCCUUGAGUAAAACAGUACCGAUCUGGACCGCUGUGCUGCAAAGCAUGGUGGCUACUUUGAAGGUGCCAGGCAUGUGUCCGGAAGCAUUUCCAGAUGCCUUUCUUCACUUGCGCACUGCGGAAGCAGAACGGCCUGACAUCUUGAAGCUCUUGCCGGAGUGGGUCGAAAAGCUUCGCAAAAAUCUGCCGGAAGCAGAAGCUAUGCAGCUGGCAGCUGCUUUGAAAGGCAGAAAGCUUCGACCGUUCUGGGUUUGCCCGACAGACGACUUGAACAAGCUGAAAGAUGACCUCGACGCUCUGAAAGAGGAACAUGCCAUAGUCUUGUGCUUCUCUGCGUCGAAGGUGGUGGCAGGGAGUACCAGUUACAUCCAGGGAGCGGGCGAUGACGAGGAGGCCUGGGCCCGGCAGCUCGGCCUCGGCCCGGCGCGCUUCUGGCUCCACGCGGAGGAGCUCCUGGAGCUGGCGCGAAGCGCGCCUCAGGAGGUGGAUGCUGCCAUCAAGGCUCUACCGGCGGCCCUACCGGCAGAUCAGAUGCAGGACGUGCCGACGCAGGACACAGCCAAGGUUCCGGUGGCGGACCAAGUGGUGUCCCUGUCCUUCAUCGGUAGCACUGGGGUCGCCGUUGGCAACUUCGCAUCCGCUGCUCCACCCAGAGUCUGGGAGUGUGUCGACGCGGUGCUGAAUUGCGGAGGCGAAGAACAUCCUGAGAUGAAAGGUGAUCCUCGGUACCUGCACUUGCCGGCAGCGGAUGAAAAGAAGCACGAUCCGUCAAAGCGCUGGUGGCAGGAGGUGCUGCUGCCCCAGGCGCUCAGCUUCAUCGCGAGGAGCCUGCAGCGGGGGGAGAAGGUGCUGAUACACUGCAGCCGCGGAGACAACAGGUGCCCUGCGGUUGCAGCUGCAGCUUUAGCGGCAUUCUUCGGGCCUGGCGGCACUGGCCCCUUCGAUCUCGCAAAGCGCAGGCUGGAGAAGGCAGACUUGCGCAGGUGCUUGGUCGUGGUUCAGUGCCAUCAUCCCACCUGCAUGGUGCCCAGACGCAUCAUGCAGUUCUUGAACUUGUUCUUCGUCACCGAGGACGGCGGCUGGUCGAAGUGGCAAAUCGCUCCGCCCGAGGAGCCGAUGACCGUGCCAGUGCCAGUGGCGAGCCUGGGGGCUCCCCGAGCUCCCGAAGCCGCUGCCAUCAGGCAGCCAGUUGCUGACGAGGUGCUCACGGACCAAGGCUUCGCCCUCUACAUCAGCGGUGCCUUUUUCGCCCAAAGCUUGCCGUUGCUGAGGCAACUUGGGGUAAGUCACAUCGUCAAUGUCACCAAGGCCCCGAACGUUUUUGAAGGCAAGUUCGUGUACCAUCAAGUUGCAAUCGAGGACGAUCGAUCUACCAAUCUCCUCCAAGUUCUAGAUGCAGCGUUGGAAUUCAUCCAUGAUGCCCGGACACAGAGUUGCAACUGUUGCGUCCUGGUGCAUUGUCGCGAAGGCGUUUCCAGGUCAGUGUCAGUUGUCUUGGCAUACCUGAUGAGGUUCGAGAAGCUCGGUCUGAGGAGUGCUGCGCAGCAGCAAUUUCAGCAGGAAUUCGCGGAGUUCGCAUACGCCUGGACUGCGUCCGUCUACAAACACUGGCGUCAGCUAUGCGCUGCCACCCGACACACCAGAGCCUCAGCAUAUGCGCAUCUCCAAGAUGACGACCGGGAGCGGCAGCAGAUCGCGCAGCCAGGAGCUACGAACAUCAACAUCAGGAAGGAAGCGUUCCACUGCAUGUUCGCAGUUCGGGUCAGCUGCGUAAGAUGGAACAUGUUGAACGCAAGGAAGCCGUCGCCAUGGUUUGCGACCCAGUCUUUCGUCACGAGCGCUGGCGGCUCAAUGAAGUCCACGGAAGUGCGGGAGGAGGAGGCGUAUCUGGGAAGCGUUGUCGCUGAACGGUACGUAGAUCUGGAUCCAUUCGUCGAGGCGGUCGGCUACUUCAAGGAGCAGCAGCGGCGUCUGGACGUGAACUCCUUGAUCACCACUCGCAAAGCAACGGAAGAAACUCGCUUUGGCUGCUUGCUCUCGGAAGAGGAAAUUGAGCAGCUUCUGCAAGAAGAGCUGGUCAGGGUGGGCAUGCAGAACACCCUGCUCAUGGACUUCGUUUUUGGACUGGUCAUUCUGGCAAACGGUGUCAUGAUGGGUCUGACAACACAGGGUGUCGUGGACGAAGAGAGCAGGGAAGCCCAAAUAUUUGAGAUCGUCUGUGUAGGCUUGUUCACCAUUGAGUUUCUGCUUCAUUGGCUCUUCGAGCGGCUUCACCGCGUGAAGGGCUGCUGUGCAAGCCUGCGCUCACACAUGCGAGAUAAUUGGGCCAAGUUCGACCUCACAUGCCUGGUACUCGCGUGGCUUGACCUUCUCAUGACCUACCUGAUUGAAAUUGAAGGUGGAACCUCUGCGUUUGCUGUGCUGCGAGUCCUUCGCUUGAUGCGGCUGCUGCGCCUGCUCCGGUUAUUGAAGAUCAUGCAGCAAUUGUGGCUCUUGCUGAGCAGCAUGGUGGCAGCAAUGCGCGUUCUUUCCUGGGCCACUGGAAUGCUCGUAUGCAUUUGCUACAUUUUUGGCAUCCUCGUAUACGAGCUGACAAAGGGAUCUCUGGGCACUAGGCCUGAUCUCGCAGCCGAUUGGAACGGAGUUGUCGCCUCAAUGCUGUCGCUGGCCCAGAUAGCAACUUUCAGUGGCAUUGACUUGAUUCGCCGAAGGAUCGAUGCUUCAGAUGGAUGGCUCUUCAUGCCGGCCCUUUUCCUGUUUAUGGCAAUCGCCUCGCUCGGCAUCAUCAACCUCAUAGUCGGCGUGCUCUUAACAGCUGUAUUGGACCGCGGGGACCAGGACGACAUGUUCGAGAGCACCGUCCUGAAGCUGCGACAGCACCGAGCACUUCGGAGACUUCGGUUUGGUCUCUGUCUGCAUGCGGAAAAGACAUUGGGAAGGACGAAGGAGGGAAAGGAUGACUCGCAUCUGGUUUCUCGGCGAAUUCUGCAGGGUUGGGCACGGGGGCCGGACGCAGAGCUCAACAAGCAGGAAGAGGAAGCGGCUGAGGAGGACGAUGACGAGACGCUGCAAAAGCAGAUUCAGAACAUCGGUGCGAACCUCCGACGUGAUUCUCCGGACAACGCCGGUAGUUCCGAGAACUUGGUAGGCAAGGGCGUCGGAGUGAAAAUGAAGAGGAAGGCGGGCCCUUGUGGCCGAUGCUGUGCAGCCGUCUACUCGCGCUUUUGCAUGCGCCCUCUCACGGUCAUGAAGCGAAUCAUGCGGAGCCGCCUUGGCACUGUGAAGAUGGAGCCAGGUGAGAUCGAAGAUCUUCGUUCCGAGUUGCCUGGUCUUUUUUCAGCGGCGGGAGUGUCUAUGCAAGACAUUGAUGCCGUAUGCUCUGAAGUGGAGAACCUCAUGGGCGACAAUGCUGGCAUCACCAUAGACGAGUUCAUCGAGAGCUUGAUUUCCAUGAAAUCGCGAGCACACCCGCUGGAUAUAGUGGGUGUCAUGCGCGGUUUAUGGCUAAUAUAUGAGAGGAUGUCCAGCAUGGACGCUUUCCUUGAGCUCGCCGGCAACUCGCUGAAGGAGUGCAGCACACAGCUUCAACCUUUGUUGCAGAAAAUGUCGUCCAAAGAGGCCACCGUGAGCAAAGCAGUCGCCGCCAUGUCGGAGUUAUCCGAAAGCCCUGAGAUGCAAGAGAGACGACGUAUUUUCGAGGAGCAGGAAGCGCGACUAUUCACAGCGAGCCAAACAACCUUUGACCUGUUCUUCGCGGUCGUUUUGGUGCUCAAUGCGGUCAAGCUUGGCGUGGAUAUCGUGCUCUUACCUCCGAGAUUGUCCGACUUGACCGCCAGAAGCUUCCAAAGCCCUGCCAUGGCGUGGUUCAUGCUGGAAGCGCUCUUCACGCUGACUUUCACAGCCGAGCUUUUCUUGCGUGCCAUCUUCAAGUACCAGAUGGAAGUCAUGGGAGAGCAUGAGCUCUUUCUGUUCGUAGUCCCAAAGAUAGCUUCAACUUUGACCUUCAACCAAGUGGUCGACAUCAUCAAAUACUCCUGGCGACUCUUCAUGGACAAGCUCUUCCUUUUCGACGUGAUUACAGUGCUCGUAUCCUUGCUUGACACCUUCGUCCUACGUUUCGCAGGAAAUCAAACGCCGGCCUUGAGACUGGUAAGUUUGCUCCGACUGCUUCGUUUGGUUCGGCUGCUCCAUUUGAUAAAAGACUUGUCGCGACUCGUCAACGGCUUUGUCGGCAACAUCCGGUUCAUUUGCAGGUCGGUGAUAAUGAUGACUAUUUUCAUCUAUGCAAAUGCCAUUCUGAUGGUCGAGUUUGUCGGUCGCAGCGAGGACACCCAAAAUGAUGCAAACAUCCAGGCCAAGUGGGGCAACAUCCCCAGCAGCAUGCUGUCGCUGCUGACAAUGAGCACGUACAGCAGUUGGAGCUUGAGAGUGGCGGAAGUUGCAGCAUACCCCUCCCUGGCAAUAUUUAUGCCCAUAUUCGCGAUUCUGUUCCUGGCGAUUUGCAGUUUAGGCAUGCUGAAUCUCGUGACGGGCGUCAUGGUUCAGACCGCUUUCUCCUUCCUGAAGGACGACAGCAAAGAGAAGAGCAUUCACCGGCUCGCGACCGCCCGUGAGCAGAUGCACAAGGUGAUGCGGCAAUGUUACGACGACAUGCAUCGACAUGUCGAGCGAGAGCAGCAGAAGGUUAAGGAGCGGGUAAACCGGAUCCGCGAGAAGCACACAAUGCGAUUUUCCACCGAUCCAACGCUGAUCUCACAACUCCGAUCUGGAUCAGUUGAUACCUUUGCGACGACUGAGAGCUGGACGGCACCGGUCCCAGUUCCUGACGCGCCGGCACGUCCAGGAGGAGCGCAGCCUCCACCACCUGAAGAGCAAUUCCUGGUGUCUGCUUUUGAUGACGACAACUAUGCAGAGGUUACUCGAUGCCUCUGGGUUUCCGAAGAAGAGGUUGGUGUGGAUGUACUUCUGACACUGAACCCGAAGUUGUCUCCAGACGCAGACAGCGAUCCGAUGAAGAGUUUGCUCACCUGGGAGGGCGGCAAAGCUGAACCAUGCCUUGUUCUCCAACAGACUGAUCACAUGCAGCAUCAGCCAGAUGAGGGAGAUGAGGAAGCUGGUCAGCAUCGUGUCAGGACUUCUUCUCAAACAAUCGUCUUCCGGCCCGUGUCUUUGUCGAAGGUCUUCGCUUUUCGGUAUGGUGGCAAUUUCACGGUUGUGAAGGCCAGGGCUGCAACAGUUCCUGGCGCCGGAAUGCUCGCAGCAGGGGAGCUAGAGGACCUGAUGCCCGUCGACCCGACACUCGUGACCAUGCGAGAGCUCAAUUACCUCCUGCAGGACAAGCGAUUUGCAAAGAGUUUGGAUCUCAUUGGCAUGCGUCCAGAUCAAGCACUUAUGGUGUAUCAGAAGCUGAAUUUAACGAACACUGAGAGGGUGAAGGCAUUCCACUUCAUCGAGGCGAUCCUGCGCAUGAAGCGGCCGGUGCAAGGCUUGGAUGUGGCGGUCUCCAAGAGCAUGAUGCGUCGUCUUGUGCUUGAGGUUGAGAGCCUCGCCACCAAUUGCAUCAGGUGCCAGGACUGCUUCCGAUCCGUCUCCGAGAAGCUCCGUGAGGUGGAAAUCUUGGAGGAUCAUGCUGAGGUGGCGACCACGGAGUCCAGGAUGGAAGUGGACAAAAACGCGGCUGCCGACGAGGAGGCCGUGGAGACGCACGAAACAAGGGCAAAGAUGUACUAUUCAGACCUGAUGCGGCGGAACAGGCAGCUCGAGCUGAAGAUUGCCUCCAUCAAAGCCUUCGUUCGGCAUGCUCGCAAAGAGACUGCUGAGGAAGAAGGAUUGUCUCUUGCACAUCUAAGCAGAUUCAGCCUGCAGGCGGGGAGUCUGCUUCCCCGUGGCCGCGCCAGAGGAAGCUCAAACCAGGAGACGAAACGGCCGCGUUCAGCCAGCCCUGGCUGGGACUGA